CCGGCACCUCACCUCCCUCUUGAGGGGGCGGGGCACUGCCUCACGUGGCCGGCCGCGUUUGCGCAGGAGCGCCUGCUGCUGUCUGUGCUGCCGCGCCACGUCGCCAUGGAGAUGAAGGCGGACAUCGCGGGCAAGCCCAAGGACACCAUGUUCCACAAGAUCUACAUCCAGCGCCACGAGAAUGUCAGCAUCCUGUUCGCCGACAUCUGCGGCUUCACCAGCCUGUCGGACCAGUGCACGGCGGAGGAGCUGGUGCGACUGCUCAACGAGCUGUUCGCGCGCUUCGACCGCCUGGCGGCCGAGCACCACUGCCUGCGCAUCAAGCUGCUCGGCGACUGCUACUACUGCGUCUCCGGCCUGCCCGAGCCGCGCCCCGACCACGCCCACUGCUGCGUCGAGAUGGGGCUCGACAUGAUCGACGCCAUCGCGCUGGUGCGCAACGUGAUGGGCGUGAACGUGAACAUGCGCGUGGGCAUCCACACGGGCCGCGUGCACUGCGGCGUGCUGGGGCUGCGCAAGUGGCAGUUCGACGUGUGGUCCAACGACGUGACGCUCGCCAACCACAUGGAGUCCGGGGGAAUCCCCGGCCGCGUGCACGUGGAGGAGGGGCGGGGCGGCGAGCGCAAAUCCUACCUGCCGCGACACAACAUCGAGACGUUCCUCAUCGUCCGGGGGACGCGGCGUUCGGCGGGGGCGGGCGGCGGCGGCAGCGCGCGGCGCCCGGCCCCGGGCGCCAUGAACGGCAGCGUGUCCCAAGACUGCGGCAUGAUGGGCCACACCGCCGCCGCCGUCACCACCGGCACCAACAGCUCCAAGCGCGGGCUGAGCGAGGCGGCGGAGGACCGCGACCCGGAGGACGAGGUGAACGAGUACCUCAAGAGGGCCAUCGACGCGCGCAGCAUCGACCGCCUGCGCGCGCAGCACUGCCGCCGCCUGCUGCUCACCUUCCGGAAGGCCGAGGUCGAGGCCAAGUACUCAAAUGAGAGAGAUCGCAUGCUGGCCACGUACUUUUUCUGUUCGAUGGUGAUCUACGCAUCUGUAGCAGCUGUGCAGCUCAUGACAGCUCCAUGGACAGCGUCCCUGUACGCGACGCUGGCGGCGGGCGCCCUCACCGUGAGUCUGGUGAACGCGCUCAUCCGCUCCGAGAACAAGCAGGUGAGCGCUCACCCACGCCGC